UGUUGUUGAUUUUGUAUGUAAUAGAAAAGAUUCCUUGUUAUGCAUUUGGUGGUUGAGGGAUUUAUUUUGGUAUUGUGCAGCUAUGAACUGAAAGGGGUUGAGGAAGAAGAAAUAGCUCGGUUAGCUGAGGAUGGUGACAUAUACAACAGGCUGUCUAGAUCAUUGGCUCCUGAGAUAUUUGGACAUGAAGAUAUCAAGAAAGCUCUUUUACUCUUAUUAGUGGGCGCUCCUCAUCGGAAGCUCAAGGAUGGGAUGAAGAUAAGAGGGGAUCUACAUAUAUGUUUGAUGGGUGAUCCUGGAGUUGCAAAAAGUCAGCUGCUUAAGCACAUAAUUACUGUUGCACCAAGAGGUGUGUAUACAACUGGAAAAGGAAGCAGUGGUGUUGGUCUUACAGCUGCUAGUCAGAAGGACCUGGUCACAAAUGAGUUUGUGCUGGAAGGGGAGGCAUUGGUGCUGGCUGAUAUGGGGAUAUGUGCGAUUGAUGAGUUUGAUAAGAUGGAUGAGUCAGACAGGACUGCCAUACAUGAAGUUAUGGAGCAGCAGACGGUUAGCAUUGCCAAAGCCGGGAUCACCACUUCUCUCAAUGCAAGAACUGCAGUUCUUGCUGCUGCAAAUCCUGCCUGGGGGAGAUAUGAUCUCCGCAGAACUCCAGCUGAAAAUAUAAACCUGCCUCCUGCACUUCUAUCAAGAUUUGAUCUUUUGUGAUUGAUCCUUGACAAGGCAGAUAUGGACAAUGAUCUUGAAAUGGUCAGGCAUGUUGUUUAUGUCCACCAGAACAGAGAAUCUCCUGCCCUUGGCUUUGCUCCACUUGAAGCUUCUGUUCUCAGGGCAUACAUAUCAGCUGCUCGGAAGCUGUCUCCUAGUAUACCAAGAGAGCUGGAGGAGUACAUAGCCACUGCAUAUUCAAGCAUCAGGCAAGAAGAAGCAAAAUCAAACAGCCCUCACUCCUAUAUGAUAUAUAUCCAACAAAUAUACUUCUCUUCAAACAUUCUUAUCUUUGACUUCAAGUAUAAAGAACAUAUUCAGGUGGAUACAAAUGAAACCAAAAAAAUUGUUCCUAUUGCUCAUUCCACUCCCAAAUUCCAUCUAACACCUACAACUCCUAAGGUUAAAAGUGGGGUGAAUAAGCUUAGCAACACCUUCAGUAAAAAGAAGAUAAUUUUUGUCGUUUCUUUAUACUUUUUAAAGGGUGGAAACGCCUUUAGCUGUUGGAAGCAAAACUCCAAAUUCUGGAUAUGUUCGAAAGUUUUAGAUAUUAUUGUGAAGGUUGUGAGUCUUGUAGGUGCACAGAAAGCACAACUCCAUCCUGAUGACAUGCUGCUUCUUGCUAAUUUUGUCAUGUCAUUUGAAUCUUUUAGGACAUCUGAGUCAUUCUCCCCCAUAUGUUUACCAAGAUACAAUGCCAUGCCCUUUCUACAUGCUUAUGUUCAUUAUUUUGAUGAUGAUACAUACCUGGUGUUGCUAACAUCUAAUUCUGAUGACUUCUUUCAUCUAAAAGAUUGUCGGUCACACUGUAAGGAUGGUAAAGCUUAUGAGGCAGUGCAAGAAUGUGAAGAACUAAAGAAGAAAUGUUUGUAUUUGUGA